AUUUUUUCAUGAUGUUAAACAAAAAAAGAAAAAAGAAAAAGAGAGAGAGAGGAGAAAAUCAUUAUUUUUGGAAACCGCCUUAAUGAAUAGAAGACAAAUUACGAUAUGAAUCAAUCUCAACAUCACUGCAUUAUAGUUUAUGCAUGAGAAUGGAUACAUCUAUAUGACCUGCAAGUUUGAACAGAUAUAUGUUCAGAUACCAUGUAUGGAAAUAUUCAACCCACCUGUCUUAUCUCAACAAUGCUCCCUUAUUGAAACAACCCCCAACCCAGAAAUCCAUCUCUGCUUUUUUAUCUGUUUGGUAUCAUUUAUUGGUUACAGCUUCAAACCCCAACACAAAACCUACUUCCUGAAUCCUGCCUUUUCAUUUCAUUGUUUCCACCUCUUUUGAGUGUCAAAACUUACAGGUUCAAAAGCUUCAAACAGACGAACGAUGGAGAAGGAAAGCCUGAAGACUGAAGAUGCUAGGCCUCAUUUCUUCAAGAUCAUCUAUGGAGAAGAUGUCAAACGGCAUCUGCGGAUCCCUCCAGCUUUCAUGAAGCAUCUGUCACAAGAAAUGUCCAAUAGAGCAACACUAACUGGUCCUUCUGGUAGCCAAUGGCGUGUUACAGUAUCUACGGAUGCAAAUGGCACUUAUCUUCAAAAGGGGUGGAAGCAAUUUAUGAAAGAGAACAAUCUGGGAGACAGUGAGUUCUUGACUUUUAGAUAUGAUGGAAAUAUGCAGUUCUAUGUCAAAAUUUUCGAUAAGAGUGGGGUUCAAAGACUAGCAGCCCUUGUUUCUGGUAACAGAACACAAGAAGGAACAAGAGUCAGUAAUGGAAAAAGGGCUCAAGGUAGACCAAGGAAAAGCCCAGUUGGUUCACUGAAUCUCCAUAAACUGCAGCUCCAUAAUUCUGAAGAGGGUUCAGGUGGAAGUUCCGGGAUUGUGAACACAGAUGGGUCUUUCACCUCCAAAUCUCCCCCCACUUCAUGAUUGGUAUGACCCAGUCCAAUGUGGAGAAAACUUUUCUCUUGAUAAAGUAAAAAGGGAAAAGCAAUGGAUGGUUUUGUGCAUUUAGAAUUUUGAUGAUUUAGUGUUGCAAAUAAUGCUCCUAAAUUUCCUAUUUUCUUGUUCAUAAGUGACUUACAGAUAGGAUGUCGUUCAUGCAGCGCAUCCCCCAAUCCUUCUCUGCUGCUGGCCACUUUCCUCCAUCAAAGAUGAGGGUUGUCCUGAGGAAUUCAGCAGGGAAAGCUUGGGAUGUGAGUUGCAUCUAUCAUGCAAGAAGGCAUUACUUUUCUAGAGGAUGGGCUCCCUUUGCAUGCUAUAACAAUCUCAAGCACGGUGAUGUCUGCAUAUUUGAGCUUGUCAAUAAAGAUGAAAUGCAGGUCCAUGUUUUAUGAUUGAUCAAGGUGUUGACAUGGGGUUUUGUAUCUGUCUUUGCUAAUUGUUACUUGACCUAUCUUAAAAGUAGAACUGUGCCAAGGCACAAAAACAGAUUCAGUGCUGCUAUCUGAUGUAAUGUAUGAGAUCAAUUAUUAUCUUUACAUCUUGGAUUAGUUUCUGCUUCUUUCCA